GAUUUCGCUACCUCGCCGUCGCGUUUUCGCAUUCUCGCGUUCUCGACCUAAAGUCGAGAACGCGAGAACGCGAGAUUAGUCAUUAACGGCCGUCCUCGCACUCUCGCUCCCUCGCGUAAGGACGUUCCCAUAAUUUCACAUGCGUAUUUAACCUAAAGCGUCUGGAGGAUCGGGGUCCUUUUCCGAAUUCGAUUCGGCAAAUAAAAUGGCUUCAAGUUUCGAAGGUAAGUGUUAGACUUUAUACUGUUGUUUUCAUGAAUAAAUCGUCGUUGUUUGAUGACAAACGUAUACGGUAAUAGAUAGAACCUAAUAAUGACAGGUCUGCUGUGUAUAUACUAUAUGUCGGUGGGUGAUGGAGAUGCGUGGGUAUGGGCGGCGGAAAGGCCAUGUACGGUAGGUUACAUUCUUAUAGACAACGUUUAAAUUGUUAGCUUAUUACUUCAGAUAAUUGAGGUGUACAUUGAGGCAUGUGACUGUAUCAGACCGAGGGCUAGACUAGACUCUAAUUAAACUUUUUUUUUUAUUUCGAUCCCACGUAUGAGCGGCGGAAAGCCCGAAAGGGGCAAAAUCCAUUAAAACAAAACCUAUGUCAAAAAUCAUAUCAAUAAACUUUCUUUUCAAAUCAACAUUGGUUUUGUUUUAAUGGAUUUAAUUAAUGAUAUUUAUUUGUUAUGGAAAUAUAGAUACCAGGGAUGAUAUAUUGAGGGAUUUGUUCUUCAAAGAUUACACCAAUUUGGAAAUGCAAACAAAGCUGCACUAUAAAGGAAUUAGUAUGAGUAGUCGUUCAAUAAAAAGACACUUGAGGAGACUGGGUUUGAGGCAACGUGGAAGAUGGAGUACACAAGAAAUUGUUACGGCAAUUCAGGAAGAAAGAAAAGGCAGUGGUCAAAACCUGGGAUACCGCAGCCUGACUAAGAGACUUUUGACAAAGCAUGGCAUGGCAGUUGGAAGAAAAUCAGUAUCUAGCAUUCUUAGGCAAAUUGACCCAAACGGUGUGGAGCUUAGGACACAUCACUGCCUGAUCAGGAGGACAUACUACAACAAGGGGCCCAACUUCCUGGUCCAUAUAGAUGGGUAUGACAAAUUGAAGCCUUUUGGAUUAGCCAUACAUGGAGCCAUCUGUGGAUUUUCACGACGUGUCUUAUGGUUAAAAGUUGCCAGAACCAACAAUGACCCAAGAGUGGUUGCCUCAUACUUUCUAGAUUUUGUAGAAGAGAUACAUGUUUUGUUUCUUAAUCAAAAUGAUUUAGGAGUUCCAAGGUGUAUACUUACCAGACAACCAGAGGAGUGUCCUUCUGGAAAACCAGAGAUGAUGUAUCUACACCCUGAGCUAUACGGGACAGUGGAUUACAAAUUUUCAGUGAAAUUAAGUGAUGUGGAGUCCUUGAAGAGUUUCUGUAGUUAUCCAAGCUGCUAUGGAUGCACAGAGGAGAUGAAGGAACACUUCACGUCUAUUUUGCUUGAAGGUAGAAGGAGUGAGCCUAUAAAUUCUGAAGAUGCAAAGGAACUGUUCCAAUGGAUGUUACAAAAGAUAUAGAUUGGAUAAGUUGACAAUGUGAUGAGGAUUGUGACAAUAAUAGUUUAUCCUCAAAAACUUUAAAGAUUAACAAAAACAAGAGGCCCAAAGGACCUUAAAUGGUUAUAGGACUACAUUGAGUAUGUCAAACUUCAAAAAGUAGUAUAACCCAUAAUGGUUGAAAUGUUGGAUACAUGUGACCUUAAAAGUAGGUCAAGCUUAUUCAUUUGAAUAAAAUUGGUAUUCCUCCAU